GUUUCCACCACUAUACCAUACCGUACGAACGCAGUGACGUUGAAAGGUAAAAAAAAAUUGUUGUACCGACGUAGAUAUAUGGCAAAACAGUUGGAUAAUCGGUGUGUUUAAUAUUUGUCAAACCCAAAAAAAAAAGAAAAAAAAGUUACGAUAAUAAGAAAUGAAAAUUUGUGAAAAUGUAUCGCAUGGGACGAUGGCAAUGGUUGAUAAGAACAAUAAUUUUUUUUUCUUCUUUUCAUCGUACCAAAAUUAGAAAUCGGUUUUUAUUUUCUAAUUUCCAGCUCGGAAUAUAUCUAUAUGUGUUUCUUAGUCGGGGUUUCCAUAUUGUUGUUUAAAAGCAAUUUGGGUAAUUAAAUUGAUUGAAAGAGGGGUCGGGGUGGAAAGGAAAAUAAACGUACACAUCGCAGCAGUGAUUGUGGCCCAGUAUGUGUGCCCAAAAAGGUAGAAAAAUAAUAUGGAAAUAUAACUAAAAGCAUACAAAAACCGUGUGUAUACAAUCGCAGUGGAGGAAUAGUGCCAAACAUAUCAGCAAAAUUAUAAAAUAGAAAAGAAAAAUAUAUUUACAAAUAAAAAAAAGUAUAUAAAAUUACACAUGUGCAUACCAUAUAGAUGUACAUAUAAUAUCCAAAAUACACACAGAGAUAUGUGUUUGAGUCAAGUGUUGUACCCAUAUAAAAAAAGUGAAUGAAAAUGCUAUAAGUGAUUUUCCUGAUAUCGACGUUUUUAAAAACAUUUUCAUCCAGACGGAAAACGAAAAAAGCGAAGAGGAAAGAGUGAAGUGGAAUUUUUGUAAUUCAAUUUUUUCAGUUUGCUGUUAGUUGUUUGUUACACAUUUUUGACAAUUUUUCAUUUCGAGCUUUAUACCAGAAUAAAGCUUCUCGUUAUUUACACACAUAAAUGUAUAAUCGUGCAUAAACUUAACAUAAUUUUACUUAGAAUGUCUUAAAGUUAAAAAAGAAAAAAAAGAAACGAACAAAGGACCAAGUAAUUUAUAAAUAGAUAAAAAAGAAAAAUUAAAAAAUUGAAAAAAAAAAGAUUUAAAAAAAAACAAAUUCACAAAGCAAUGAUUCUACACCAUCGUUUUCUUGUUUCUAAUUGACAAUUCCUUAUAUCUAAAGUCUACGCAAUGUGACAUUGUGCAAUGUGAUAAAUAAUAAAUUAAAUUCUAAAUUUGAAAUAAUUAAAAGUUAAAACAAAAAUUAGUAAAUUUAACAGUUUGCUAAGUCCCCACCUUACCGCCGAACAAUAUUAUCAUUGUUGAUCAAAAAAUUUGUUAAAAGAAAAAAUUGUUUGUUUGAAAUUUAUUCAACGAUUUAAAUAAAGUAAAGAAAAAUUAAUAAAAGUGAAAAAAAGAAAUCAGAAAGGUCACCAACAGUAAAUUUUGAAUAAUGGUCAGUGCUGUUUUAAUUGGAUGUCUAGCAACAGUUGGUGUCAUCAUAACCAUUCUGUUAUUGUUAGCUGGAGGUUAUUUAUGGUGGCGUCACAAACGAUCCCAAUUGCAAUUUAUUGAACCGAAUGAGGAAGAAGAGUCUAGCAGUGGAAGUAUGAGACUUCAACAACCUACGAUUGAGGCUCCGCAGGACGUAACACCCGUAAAGCCUGUUCAACAACAGCAGCCACAAACUCCCAUUGGUCAUACACAAGUAGCAGCAAACAAUAUAAACCGGAAAAUAAAUGGCUUCUUGAAUUUAAAGACUCCAUUAAUCGGAUCUGCUACCCCUCAAACACGAUCCCCUGGAGGAUCCAGUACCGGUGCUGAGAGAGAUACUGGUGGAAAUACGAAGGAUCGUACUAUGGCGUUUCUACAGAAUCGUAGCGUAUCAAUGGUCGACAUGUAUAUCGAUAAUUCGGAACCAAGCGAAAAUGUUGGACAAAUUCAUUUCUCCAUUGAAUAUGACUUCCAAAACACGAAUUUGAUAUUAAAAAUAAUGCAAGGAAAGGAGCUGCCAGCCAAAGAUCUUAGCGGGACAUCUGAUCCAUAUGUUAAAGUUACAUUAUUGCCCGAUAAAAAACAUCGAUUGGAAACCAAAAUCAAACGACGAACAUUGAAUCCGCGAUGGAAUGAGACAUUCUAUUUCGAAGGAUUCCCGAUUCAAAAACUACAAUCCAGGGUACUGCAUUUACAUGUUUUUGAUUACGAUAGAUUUUCUAGAGAUGACUCGAUUGGGGAAGUCUUUUUGCCCUUGUGUCAGGUUGAUUUUAGUAACAAGCAAACAUUUUGGAAAUCUCUGAAACCACCGGCGAAAGACAAAUGUGGUGAAUUAUUGUCAUCACUGUGCUAUCAUCCUUCCAACUCCAUACUUACGCUUAGUUUGCUGAAAGCAAGAAACUUAAAAGCGAAAGACAUCAAUGGAAAGUCUGAUCCCUAUGUAAAAGUCUGGUUGCAAUUCGGUGAAAAGAAAAUAGAAAAACGCAAAACGCCAAUAUUUAAAUGUACGCUAAAUCCAGUAUUUAACGAAUCGUUUAGCUUCAAUGUGCCAUGGGAAAAAAUUCGAGAAUGCUCACUUGACAUUAUGGUCAUGGACUUUGAUAACAUUGGAAGAAAUGAGUUGAUUGGCAGAAUUUUAUUAGCUGGAAAAAAUGGAUCUGGUGCGUCUGAAACAAAGCACUGGCAGGAUAUGAUAUCCAAACCACGUCAAACAAUAAUUCAAUGGCAUCGCCUCAAACCAGAGUAAAUCAACAACUAACAGAAAAUUCAAUAAAUCAACCAUACAAACACCACAGUUGGACCAUCAGGUGACGAUUUAAAAAUAAAGAGAUACAAAAAAUCGUGAUUUUUGUUGCUUUUAAAUGUCCUUUCGAUUUAUGGCGGAAGUUAAAGGAAAAAAGUUUUUUUUAAGAGAAAAAUUUGACGUAAAUCGACGAACAAUUUUGAUGUCAUUAGUACUGUGUACGAUCAUUUUAGUGUUUGUUUAAGUUUUUCAAUUUGCCACAAUAAAAAUACUAAAAAGCUCGUUGGAAACAUGCUGUAAGUUAAAAUAAGCUCAUAAAGAGGAUGUGGUCAAUUGAAUGGCAUUAAAUAGCAGCAUUCAUGCAAACAAAGACGAAGAACCAUGUAAAUUCGAAAGAGUCACACAUGUUGCACAACAUUGACAUGACGUCAAUGAUUUCGCUAUAUACCAAAAUUGUUGUGGUAAGCUCGUAAAUACAUACUUCGGGGACGAAAGUGAGUGAAUUUUUGGAAUUUUUCUUGUGAUUUCGUUCUUUGCAUGUCAAGUUGUGUACAUUAUCUGUUUGGGACUGUCGAUUUUGGGCACUUUCGCACGUACAACCAGCAAAUAUUCGCUUAAAAUCACUCACCCGAAACAAAUAUGUAACUAACUAAUGGAUGUAUUGGGACGUAUGAAGUAAAUAUAUAUGGCUGCAUUACAGUAUGCAAUAAAUUAAGUCUUGUGGAUCAUUAUUUUUACAAUUUAACUUUAAAAAAAUCGUCAAAGAGAAUUUUCUUUAUCUUGCAAUUGACCAAAUUCUAUGUGUUGUUAAGUGUAUUGCUAAAAGGAUCUCGUUUAAUUCGAAAUUGUUACAAAUCUUUCAUUUUAUUCAUAGAUGUGCUGAUGCACCAAAAUAUUAUUAUAUGCAUCAAAGUAUGAGGUGCUACAAUUUGUACCGUUUAAUUGUAAUUGGUUAAUUUUUUUAAGUAAAAUUUCUUUUCUUUUUUUUUAAAUCUCGAGCGAAAUGUGAAUUUAAUUUUAUUCAAACGAAAGGAAAAACCGAAUGUGGCAUUCAAAUGCAAUAUUUAUUAAUAAAAUUUAGAAUAGCAUUAAUAUCAAUUGUUAUUUAGACUGUAAGAUGUGUUGUUGAAAUUUAAAAAUUAUUAAUAAUUAAUUAAUGAAAAACAUGAAGAGCAUAAAAAACAAUAACAAAAAAUAUUUAGACAAAACAAAAAUUAUUAUAAUCUGAUCAUAAAUAAUUAAAAAUUAAAAAACCAGCAGUCGCAUAAAUUAUAUAUUGUCAUCAUAGUUGAGAUCGUAGACGAUCGCACUACUUUAUAGAGUUGCAAAACUGAAAUCAUAUUGCAUGAAUGAGUAUGGUUCAUCGUAGCAAAAUUAUUUUACGGCGACAUAUUUCGCCAGAACGAUUAAUUAAAAGACAACAACAAAAAAAUAUUCGUUGGGAAUGUCACUGUUCCCAUUUGUGAUCGAUUACCGGUCAGCAACACCAAUCAAUUGAUUUCGAUUGCGAUCACAAUAUUAUAAAAUUAGUCGAGCACAUUGAAACUAAACUCUUCAAUUGUUCACAGUUCCGACAGAGAAUUCGUUGAAAUAAGUCUCUACAUAUCAUCGAGUUACUACACAAAUAUUCGUAGACCAAUUACCUCGUUAAUUCUUCUUGGAAAAGUAUCAAGAACAAUAAUAUAUACAAACCAACGGAACCCAUCUUUUUGUAAUGGUUAAAGGUGAAAAUUUCUGUACUUCUGACUUUUCUUACUAGUCUUCCAGUCUUUUUUGAUAUUACGACCCUGAAGUUUUUAAAAUUUGUUUUGACCUUAUGGAAACGGCUAGCCAUGUGCUGACAACGACAAGAAUAAACUAUGAACUCUAGUUUGUAUUCUCUUAUUAUGGCGAAAUGUACGAAACAAAUGUGAUGAUCACAUGAUUUUGUACCAGACACUAAAGAUAAUCUAUCAGACUGCCACUUUACACAAAUGAAGUAGAAGAUUUUCAUGAUUUUUUUGUUAGCACUGGCCGUUUUUAAAAGGUCAAAAAUUUACUCAAUGAAGACUCGAGAUUAGCUCGACGAGACACUAAAAAAUCAAUGGUUCUUCGUCGAGCGAUCUUCAAUAAUAAAAGAUAAUAAUAGCGACCGUCGUACUUCAUUUUUUAUUAUUCAUACCAAUUGUAGUAGGGUAGCCAAACUAUUUAAAAAAAAAAAUCUAUGCAAUUUAACCAACUAUAUCAACUUCUCUGUCCCACCUAUGCUACUUGCUACUUUUCUCACAAUUAUGUAAUUGAUCAAUGAAAUCAUUCCGUAGACAAUGUGAUUGUUGGCCCAUCAAAGUGUGUAUCUUAACAUUAACCUUUAGCGAACGCAAAGAAAGCAGCCGGAUUGUCAUGCUUUCAUUUAGACAGUAGCCCUGAGUAUAUUUAUUUACAUCAAUCGAUUACAGGGCGCCAAGGAACUUUUGGCAAUUAACAACUAGUUCAAAUGUUGGGACCAUGAACGACCUUGUGCUCAAUUUUAUUUUAUUUUUGUUACUGUUAAUCUUCAAACGUUGCUUUAAUUUAUCGUUUCAAUCGGCACGCAUUCACUCCUAAAGUAUUUUUCUGUUAUGUAUGAGACCACAAAUGAUCUGUUUGGAAUGCAAAAAUUUUCUGUAAAAUUGCAUCUGAUACAAACACAAAAUUACAGGCAGUAGUUAUUUUUGAUUCAUGAUCUCAUGUUGAUAGUAAGUCAGUCGUUAAGUUUGACCGUACAAAUAUAUCAAAAAAUAACAAAAAAACGAAUCGAUUCCUUAAAAACUGUUAAGAUUUGAUGUAAAAUCAAGAAUAAAACUACUAAUACUUAAAAUAAGACUAGUCUAAAGCUUUAGAUUUACAUUGAUCGGCUUAGCGUCGAACUUCUUGUACAAUUCAGUCGUUUGAGAGUCUAUAAAUUUUAAAUUCAUCAAAGAACAAUGAAAACCUAAAGUUUUAGAAUGGAUUAAGUUAAAAAUUUUGGAGAUAAACAUUUGAAUAAAAAAAAACUGAAAAAUAUUUUAGUUCUAUCACAACAAAACCAGCACAAAUUUCAUCAACUUCUUUACGGCUUUUUGCACAUUUUUGCACACGCUGCUUCGUUUUACUUCCAAUUUUUGCACAAAUUCUUCUACUUUAACAAAAAAAAAGAAACAUUAGAUUGCUAAACGAUAAGAAAUCAAUAUUUUCUUCGUUACAUAAAUUAUUAUAUGUGUGUCUACUACGCGGAUAAUUCAAAAUUCUCUAUAACAAAAAGUAUUUCGUGUAAUCCAAUAUACUAUAAUGACCAUUUAAUAUUUAGUAAUCUCAUAUUGAGUUGAUCAAUAAAAAAAAUUUCGAAAGAAUGUUUCAAACUCCAUCACAAACAAAAUAAAAAAAUAAAAAAUUUCUUGUCGUUUACCGAAAGUCUAAUUAUUUACAAAUAUUUUUAUUUAAUAAAGACAAUGCAACAAAAUUAGAAUUCACAAUAAGUUUUAAUUAGAUCCAAGUAGCUGCAAAGGAAAACCAUUAAAAACUUUAUAGAAAACAUUUAUUGAACAAAAAAGACAAAAACAAACAAAAAAACAAUUUGAAACAAUUUUUUGGCUAAAACAUAAAAACAAAUACAAAGUGCGCAAAAUUGUGCAAAACUUUUAUACUUUUACAUUACCAUUUAUUAAUUAAAAUUAUAUUAUUAUUAGGAAAUUUAUAUUAAUUAAUAU